CAAUCGUGAUGAUACACAUAUGCAUAUGUGCAUUUGUGUAUACAUUUCACUGAUACUUGUCAACAUUGUGUACUUUGAACAAGAUCAGGAAAAAUAUACCACGUCAUUACAUAUGCAUUUAUAUUGAUAUUUUGAAUAUAAAAAUCUUAAAGAAACAGACGUAAGAUUCGAGCAAUGGCACCAGGAAAAAGUAAUGUUAUCAAUAGCAAUCAGCUUAGAAACUCUUCCAGCAUUUCAUCCAAUAUGCCAGGACCACAUUCACCCUUUCAAACUAUUGGAGCAGCUGUUCCACCCCCAUUGCCACCUCGUCAACCUGUUCAAAAUUAUGUAGGAUACAAUGAUUAUAGAUCAUACGGCUCAAAUUAUUAUGGAAAUUAUGGAUAUGGUGGAGGUUAUAGAGGCUAUGGUGGAUACGGCUCUUUUGGAAAUUAUGUUCCUUAUUCUAAUAAUAGUUAUGGACAAUUUGGAGGACACAGUGGUGAUGUAGAAAACAGAUUUCAAGUGUAUGCAGAAGAAAAUACGAGGUCGACUUUUCGUGUAAUAGAGACAGUAUUAUAUACUUUUUCAUCUAUCACAAUGUUAUUGGAAUCAACGUACUUUGCCUUGACAAAUUCCUUUAGAGCAAUUUUAAGCGUAGCAGAUAAUAUCAGCAGACUACGUUCGACACUUGGGCAGUUGCUGAGUACAUUUGCUUUAAUCCGAGUUAUGAAAUGGAUUUAUAAAAAAAUUUUAUUUAUGCUUGGUCUUCAAAAUAUGCAGAAUGUAACAACAGAAGAUUUGUGGCAACAAUCAAUGUUACAAACGACAAACGGAGAACAUACAAUAAUGACGAACGGACGGAUUUCUUCAUGGAUGAACAUUUUGUUUCUUGGUAUAUUUGUCGCUAUUCCAUAUUUAAUUCACAAAAUAUCAAAUAAUAUAAAGCAGACCGAAAUAAAAGUUAAUGAUCCAAAAGAAUGGGUCAAAUGUGAAGAUCCUGUAUGCGUGGCGACUGCAAUGUACGAUUUCACGGCUAUAUCCAACGAAGAAUUGAGUCUCAGGACCGGUCAAAAAAUAUGGUUGGCGCCACGAUCCCUGCAGUCAAAAAGUACACCAGGUUGGUGGAUAGCCACUGACAAUAGGAAUGUCGGUUUAGUACCUGCCAACUAUGUAACUAUAGUGGGACAGUUAAAGAAAAAGACAGAAUCAGAAAGUAAUGGAAAUACUACCACAUCUACACUAAUUCCAACUUCCAUGCAAAAUGUAAUAGCUUCUAAUGAGCAGGCAGAAACGACGAGUAUAAAUACGCUAGAACACACAACACACAUACCUAGCACCAGUCAGCAAAGUAUUGAUUUCUCUGAAACUAAUAUUAAAAACGACUUACUUUAGUUCAAAUAUACUGGAGGAUUUACUUUAAUUUAAAUAUAUCAAUUUCCAUAAUCGGAGCUUGUUACAUAAUCUUAAGUAUAUAUGUGGCCUAUAUCUUUAUAAAAAGAAUAUGACUGAUAUUUUUAAAAAUAAUAUAUAGAAUAUAU